AUGCGGGGGAACGUGCCUACAGUAGCAGGAGGGUGCGAGACGCCGCUUGGAGGAGGGGACGAUGCGGGCCCCAACAGCAACGACAAGGGCAUCGCAGCAGAAGCAGCUCCGCGGCCAUCGAGACGCGCGUUGCACCGUCACACCGUCAAAAAGUUUAUGGAGCGUCGGAAGAACGAGGAGCGUAGGCGAUUGGCGGAAGAGAGGGACGGGAAGCUGCUGCAUUUCAACAGCAGUACCACCAGCAGAAGCAACAGCAGCAGUAGCUCUGAGUCGCGCGGCUCGGAGCUCUCCCGUGGGGGUGCCACGGCGAAGCCCGUGUUGGUUGCGCGGUGGGACUUCGACUUCUUCUUCCGAACGAUGCCAUCAGAGUUUCUGCAGACAAGCGGAGAGGCUUCGGGCGCCGACGCAACGUCGAUCCCGCCUUCCGCCACGCUGUACGACGAGCAGGAGCAGUCACUGGUGCUCCUUGGUGACGCCCACCAGCGGCCGGCGCGGGGGUCUGUCCCUGUAAAGGCAAUGAUGCAGAGCAGCAUCACAAGAAGUAUCCACGUCCGGCGUGUGGAGGGCGUGCCGCCGCUGCCGAUGGCGGCGCCGAUGCCGCCGGGCACCGACCUCGACGUGCCGACGCGGAACUACCUGAUGCCUGACGCCACAUACUACGUUCACCAGCACGCACUUGGAUUCGAGCGGGACGAGAACGUGGCGAAGCGGUCGAUGCUCGCCUGUGCCGUGCGGGAGUGGCGAGGUGGGGAUAACAACGUCCUCGUUCUUUCCACAGGAGAUGCGCUGCGUAGCGUCUUUGAGGCGACCUACAGCGACGCCAAACCGCUUGCGCUGGAAGUAAGGCGCGUCGGACCGAUACUGCUGAUUGACUCCCACAGCGAGCGGGAUUACCGUGUACGGGUGAGGGACUUGCGUGGGAAGGCGUUGUUGGGCAAGGCGCUCUACCGCAUCCAAGAUGGAUCCUUUUCGUGCAUAGGCAAGGAUGACGACAUCGACAACAACCAUAAUAACAACGGCAACAGUGGUUGCGGCGGCGGCAACAGCGGCGGCAGCAGCAGCAGUAGUAGUAGUAGUAGUAAUAGUAGUAACACUCAGAAUCCUGGCACUAAGAGCACGGGCAAGAAGAGUGGUGUUGUGGCGCUGCCGACGCACCGCGUGGGGUCUGCCGCUUUGUCGAAAGAAAUACGUUCGCUGAGCCGCUACGCACACAUCUUUCGCUGGGAGAUUGGUUCGAUGGAUGUGUUGGUUGGUCUCGACACACCCAUCGUGCUUGACUCCAGGGACGACGUAGAGUACGUGCUGAAGCUGGAGGAUACCUCUGUCGAAAUGACGCCCCAUGAGGCGCAGCAAGACGCUCUGCGCUGCUGGUUUGACGCCACUCUCGCGAACGUGCCACAGGUUGGCAUCUUCGUGCACAACGAUGGCGUGAUUCAACGGUACGAAGUGAAGAAGGUGCAGGAGAUGCUUGGCAUUGUGGAGGGCAGCUUGGCGACGGCAGCCAUGAACUUCACAACCAAUGUGCUUCAAUGGUUGGUGUCUCAGUGCGUGAAGGAUGGCAUGACGUACGCAGUGAUACGCAACUAUGAGACGGGCGUUCUUGAGAUUUACGAGUAUUCCAAUGAUGAACGCCUCGAGAAGUUCCUCCCGGAGGACGGCAAGAAAGAUAGUGGCAGUGGUGCCGAGACGCUGAAGGCGGAGGAGCAGCGGCGAGCUGAAGAGAGCGAGCGGCUCAACUGGGGUUUGGCGACCAUGUGCUUCCGCAUGGGCAUGCACCUAAAGGACUCAGAGGCGAAGGCACCCGACGCACUCUCGUUGCUGCUGCGAAGCUUCUCCGUCUACUUCCAGCAUCGCACGCGGAUGGAUGAGGCCUGUCAACGUGUGUGCGACAUCGUCAAAUGCCUUCCCGGUCUUGUGGGCCGCCUGAUCGACAACAGGAAGGCCGCUCUGGAAGAAGAGGGCGGCAUUAUUCAACUUCCAGAGAUCUACCGUGAGGCCUUCUUGACUUGUGGCCGCUUUGAGGUGCGCCUGCAGGGGGCUGCGUGCGAUGAGACGCUCCGGCUCCCCACGCGCCGGACCUUCUUGCAGUGCUUGCUACCAUGCAGCGCUGCGUUGUGUUUGUGUGUUGCCCGCACAAUUGAGCAGUUCUGCGCGGAGCGGCGCGUGUAUCUGCGACUGCGAGCGGAAAGCGGUACCAGCAGCAAUGUCCACAUUCACAGCCUCAUCGCGAAGGACCUCCUCCAGGUUGUGGUGGAGGGACUGCUACGGCUAGAGCAGAUGAACCGUAUGCUGAAGAGUGACACGGUGUUGACGCAGUGUAUGCGCGUAGGGUCGAAGGUGGAGCGCAUGGCGCUGAUUGACACCAAGACGGAGAUCCUCGACGUGGCGCCACUUGAAACGGCUUUGUGGGAACUCUACUCGGAUGUUGUUCUCCUUGUUAUGAGCGAUCGGACGCCAUUUACGGCGCAGGUAUUGGUGGAACUUAGCCGCCGCAUUAAGGCCCGCGAGGAGAAGCGCAAUAGUAGUGGCAGUGGUUCUACCACAGGACCAGCAGCAGAGGCGCCUAGUGAGACGACGCUGACAUGGUUGUCUGCCAUCACGCCCGACGUCGUGACGCUUUCCUUUACUGCGCUGCGCUUCCUCACGAAGGUGGGGCUCGAGUCUAAGCGUCUGCUUUCCAAGACAGCACAGGUCUACUAUCACGUCGGACAUCACUACCUCCUUACGGACCGCUACACCAAGGCCCUCGAGUCGCUGCACCGCGCACAGUCACUCUUCAAGGCAAUGCAGCAGGCGCCGGCCGAUGAUGUCUUCGGUGGCUGCUGUACCUCUUCCGCAACUGUGACGAUAAAAGAUGUGCAGUUCUCGUUGGGUGAAGUGUACAUCCGCAUGGCACGCCUCAAGUCACGCCUCGCGCCGGCAGAGGUGCGGCUCAGUUUGCAGCAGCCGCUCGCGAUGGGCGAGACGCAGACGCUUUCGUCGGAGGAGGAAACGUUCUACCGCCACGCCGUUGACCACUUUACCAAUUGUGAGGCGCACGAUCAGCUCGCCGCCGCCCUUCGCGUAUACGCUACCCGGCAGAUUGCGCACAUUGCCAGCAGCGGCCAGCAAGCAGACGUGGCAAAAGGCCGCCACAUCUAUUCAAUGCUGCGCCGGGCCAGCGAGCUUGCCGCCGGCGACGCGGCGCUCGACUGGGAGGUGCUGCGGCUAUCAACAUGUUCGAUGCACCACGCAGCGCUGCAGCGGCGGGCAGAAGAGAUUGCGGCGCAAUGGGGCCGCAUGACGGUGGACAUGGCGGUAGUGCCGCACGAGUUAAUUGCGACGGUGCACCCGCUAGAGUUUGCGCUGCAGAUGGGGCUUGUGUCGGUCUCGUUGCUGGAGGCAAAGAAAAAAAUCAAAACACAUCAGGCGACGGGUCUUAUGCGUGGAUGCGCGGCGCACCUCAUCAUUGCGCUUAACGGUGCUCACGCGGCGAGUAAAACCCCAAGUGUGCUGCUGUCACGCGCUGCCGCCUGCUGGAAGGCGGAAUGCGUGCAUGAAUGGGUAUACCGCGUCGCUCUGAUGAUGUCCGUUCGAGCCAUGCGGUUGAUGGUGCGGCAUCUGCCGGGCGACAAGGCGGCGGAGGCGAAGCAGUUGCUGCAGCGGCUGGUUGGCAUGGAGGAGGGGGAGGUGCGCAACAUCCGAGCGAAGGAUAAGUCGUGUGGUGGCAAAUGCCAUUUUUGGAGACUCUCCAGGGUACUUGUGGAAGCCUUUGAUGAUGUCUUGAAAUGGUGA